CCAAGUUAAUAAUUGUAGUGGACAUGGAUUUUGUUCUAAACCAAAUACAUGUACAUGUGCAGCAAGAUAUACCGGAAGUGAUUGUAGUUUCUGUAAACCUAAUUUUGGGGGACCAUCUUGUCAGCCGUGUCCAGAGUGCAAACACGGGACUUGCAGUUCUCAAACGGGACUAUGUGAAUGUGAAAACAGUAACUGGGCUGGUUACCUCUGUGAUCGAUGUAAUGAUACUUUCUAUGGACCAGAGUGUUUACCUUUAAUGAAAAUUUUGGAAAUAGUUCCUAGCAGAGGACAAGAAAAGGGUGGAACUGAUGUUCACGUAUGGGGGCAUAACUUCCCUGGAACAGUGAACGGCUCUUACAACUGUCGUUUUGGAAAAACACAGAGCGUUGGGAAAUGGUUAGCAAGAAAUCACGUUGUGUGUAUUGCUCCGAGGCUUCCAGAAGGGGAGGUUACUCUUGAAAUAUCUCCAAACGGGACUGAAUUUACAAAUGACCAUCUGACAUAUUUUUAUUACUCGACUUGUCCUCCUGCGUUCUGUGGGCGAGACAUAAACCCACCGCGUGGGCAGUGUGUAUUUGGGUCUUGCUCAUGCUACCUACCUUGGAAGGGAGACAACUGCACAGUCAAGAUACUACCGUUGCUUAUAAAAGACGUACCACAUCUACAAACUGUCAACGAAUCGCAACUUUACAGCCUGCAACUCGAAGUGGAACAGGGAGACAUUCCAGUGCGAUGGUUUCUUUCCAAAGGUCCUCUCGGAAUAAAAAUAGACGAAAAGACAGGACUGCUACUAUGGCCUGACACAAAAGCAAAUAUUCGCCCAUAUCACAUUGAAGUCAAAGCCUCAAAUAUCAUAAGUGAAGUUACUGUGGCAUGGUCUCUUACGGUUCUUUUAUCAUACACUGUGACCGUUGAGUACAUAGAGCCCAGUGCCGCAAUCUUUCCAGUUCCUCGGACAGUCAGCAUUGUUGGUAAAGUGGAAUUUGUCCAGAAAAACUCUUCACGUACUGUUCCUGUUAAAGUAAUUGUGUUCAGUCAGAAAACAAAACGUGAAACUGUGAUUAAUGUAGAAUCCAGCAGUAUCUCGCCAGACACAUUUACAGCCAUGUAUUAUCCUAGACCAGACGAUGCAGGACUUUUUUCAGUGAUUGCUAAACAUCCCGGAAACACGUUAAUGUCAAUGAUUCCUAAUAUCACGUGGUCUGUCCUCGGCAUGAAGUGUGAACCGUCUUCGGUCGUUAUUGAUAAAAUACUAUCACCUGAUGAAAAUACAGUAUCAAUAAUGAAUAUAUCUUCACUGAUAAAUGUUGGCAACUCAUACAUUACUGAUAUAGCAGGGGAGGUUGAUGGGCUACCUGGAGCAAUUUUAACGAAAUCUGGUGACUUAAAUAAUACUAACAAAUCCAAGUUCUUUAUACGGAACUUUGGUGUAGAUGAAAAGGUUUUGUUUGAUUUGGUAAUAACUAAUGUGCAACCGCUUUAUGGGUACAUCUAUAUCUAUUUCACUUCAAAUGAGGGUACAUAUACUGGCAUGAAUGUACACAUCAAACUAUCUGUCCAAAAACCUAUUCUAUUAUUAAAACCUAGUUUUCUUCGCGAGAGCAUCGUGCGUGGUUCGUUAAAAAUCAUAGACAUAAACAUCACAAAUAUUGGAGAUAUUUCAGCAAAAAACGUAUUUGUCAGUCUUCCUGGUGAUUCUAGGAUGUCGUUGGUAUCAUUUACAGGGGAUAACUAUUUGCUUACUAACUCGACACAUACAAAUGUAGAUAUAUUACCAACAGGAAGUGCUCGGUUAUCAAUUUCUGUUAUAAUUGAAGAAAAUGAAGCACUUGGUGAAAUGAGAGGAACCAUUUACAUCAAUUCUGCAUCUGCUUCAUAUGAUUUACCCUAUACAAUAGUCAUAACAUCCUCAAAGACAAUGAAUGUUACUUUUGUUGUAAAAGAUGAAUAUACGUAUUUCGCAGAUGGAUCUCCACUGGUUACAAACGCACGUAUAAAACUUAAAAAUCCUAGAAGGGCGUUUUCAGAGGAGAAGCUUACAGACAAUGAAACAGGUGUCGUGGUAUUUGAAGAAAUAUAUGAAGACCGAUAUACGAUACAUGUCGAGGCGGAGAGUCACUCGUCAUAUGCGAAUGUAAUACUUAUCUCCCCUGAAAAAGUUAAAUACGAUAUAUUCCUGCCACGCAUAGCCGUUAAAUACACCUGGACAGUUGAAACAACGACUAUCAAAGACGUUUACAUCAUUGAUUUGGAAUCCACGUUUGAAACAUACGUUCCGAUGCCAGUGGUGACAGUUAAACCAUCAUAUAUCGACACACAACCUUUAGUUAUGUUAGAGACGAGCACAAUUGAAUUUACGUUAACAAAUCACGGUUUGAUUCGUGCUGAUAAUGUUAGAUUUUCAUUACCAACUUCCCAUCCGUAUCUUUCAUUUACAUCGAUGAUUGAUGUAAUUGGAAGUAUAGCUGCUAAUUCAUCAAUUGUUGUUCCUGUGCAAACAAUGCUUAAGCAUAGAGAAAAACGUUCUUCGGGCUCAUCUUGUGUCGAUAUAUUGCUACUGUACAGUUUUCAAUGCUCUGGAACUCAGACACGAUCUGCUCUUGUAAGACUUUCACACGGAAAUGCACCGCGAUCGUGUUUGGGUCUGUUUUAUUCUCAUGGUCGUUUGAGUGGUCGUCAUGGAAGCGGAUUUGCGGUAGGAUAUGUUUCCGGAACGGCACUAACAUGUGAUUGCCUUACCACAUUCUUCAAAAGUUGUGUUUUGGCGUUUAUUCCUGGAUAUGGAUGCUCGUUAGCAGUAUUCAACUUUGCCACAGCAGAUCAUUCUAGUUCCAGCUUUAAGGAUGAGGUACUGGGUGUUAUGGACAUGGUGGUUGGAUGUUUGCUUGAAGACGUUGUGGAUGAUAUUAAAAAGGCAUACCCGAAGAAGAUACUUGCCGAGCUAGCAAAGAGGAAUCUACCAGUUAUUGAAUAUUUGUAUACUGCAGUAAGAUGUGUUCAAGACGUGGAAUCCAAAUGUUCUGGUGGCCGCAAACGCCGGGAGAUCAGUUCCGAUAUUUUGGCGGCUUUAACGAAGGUGUGUGGUCCUAUCCUGAACUUCAUCCACAUGGGAAAAGAGAUAAUUGGGAACCAAUCAAUUGCGCUAACAGAAACUUGGUAUAGAGAAUUUAAGAGAAGUGUCGGCGAAGAAACACAGCUUGGUGUUAUGAUAUCUGAAAAAGAAUCAUCCGCAAUCUUAGAUACGCUAAUGGCGGAAGAAUAUAAAAAGAACCUUAGCACGUUCAUUGGACGCUACAACGAUACAGCUGCCGCAAUGGAAAAUGGUACUCUUUCACAACUUGAGGCAAACGGUAAUGUGAUAAGUUUGAAACGUUUAUACCACCAUGUAAACAUGUUCCUGAGUGAUAAUGAACAGUCAAAGGGGAGGGGAUAUAAUUCGGUCUUUGGCGAAUUUGAAUACUUGGUGAAAGCCUACUACGAUUCUGAAGAGAAAGAGUGCAGCAGUUUGAGUAGAAGAAAAGAUGGUGUCUGUGCCAGAGUACGGAUAAAGAUUGAACAAGAACUUGUACUGACAAGAGACGCAUUUAAAGCUAAACUAGAGAUAGAAAAUGGUGAAAACUCCGAUCUUGAAAAUAUAAAAGUAGAAGUACAAAUCAAACCAACAUUUGGAUCCGAUGACAUUGAGAACGAUAAGUUUUCAAUCGGUAAACUGACAUUGAUAGGAAUAAGCAGUGUAGACGGAAAAGGGUCUCUUGGGCGCGACUUAUCCGGCUCUGCAGAAUGGUUGAUUAUACCGUACAGUAACGCAGCUCCAAAGGACGACACUCAGUACGAUGUUGGUGGACAGUUAUCGUAUAGUGUUGAUGGAACUGAAUUUUCUGUGCCUCUUCUACCUGACACAAUAGUUGUCUCACCAAAUCCAAGUCUUAUUGUCCAUUAUUUUCAUGAGAAAUAUGUACAAGGUGAUGACGCACUUACACCAGAAAUUGAGCCGGUUGUUCCUUUCACACUCGCUGUAAUGGUUAUGAAUUCGGGAUACGGUGUAGCUAGAGCUUUAAAGAUUACUUCCGGUCAGCCAGAGAUAAUUGAGAACAAGAAAGGCCUUCUUGUUUCAUUUAAGAUAAUUGGAGCUACACUUGGGAAUAAAAACAUAGCACCAUCACUGACAGUCGACUUUGGAGAUAUCCCUUCAUUUGAGACAAAAACGGCAAAAUGGUUCUUGACGUCGACACUAAUGGGGACAUUCUUCAACUACAGUGCAACCUUUGAAAAUAUCAAUCCUCUCGGAGAUCCUCAGUUAUCAUUGAUUGAUAAAUUAGAAUACCAUGAACUAAUACAUCUGGUAAGAAUAGAAUUACCGGGUAUUAAUGAUGGCUUAGAUGAUUUUCUUGUGGAUAGCUAUCCGGACCAAGAGAGUUUUCCGGAUAAAGUGUAUGACAGUUCAAAUGGUUCUUCUGUGUCACCCGUGUUCAAAGCAAACGUGACUGAUAUUCAAUGGAAAACCUUUACAAGUUCUUCUAUGAAAACUUAUAAACAAGUUAAUGUAUCGUUAAUUGCCAAAGUAAAGAUGUGGUUUUAUACACGGAUAGAGAAUACAUUCACUAGGUCCAUGAACUCGGAGGAAGAACAUUUGGUUAAUGUAGUUUCAAAGUCUGGGAAAGUUAUAUUACUUGACAAAAAUGCCUGGCAGACAACUCAUAUAUCUGACAAAUUCUUUGUUCAUCUGUUUGAUUUUAUGGAGUCGGGACAUUCAGAAGUUGAUAACGAUGAAGUAGACGAUAUGUAUAUUCUAACAUAUGGUCCCAAAAAUAAGUAUUCUCCGACAAUAAUAGCAUCCCUAAAUUCCGAAAACGUGACAAAAGAAACAAAGGUAGGGUUUAUCGUGGCAAAUGUUACAGCCAAGGAUAGUGAUAAAGAUAAUGUUGUUUUUCAGUUAAGAAAUGAUAGCCAAAACCAUUUUGAUAUUAAACAGAUUAAUCAGUCUACAGUUGCCGUAGUACUUAGAGCAAAGAUUACCACUGCUGUAACAUAUGACAUGGAGUUGGUCGUGUACGAUGAUGGUAUACCAUCUAAGUCAUCAUCUUUGUUAAUACGUGUUGAAAUUUCUGGCGGAAACACCGACAUUGAUACGGCUAAUAACACCUCAACUACAACCAAUCGUCCAAGAUCUACAACUUCAUAUGAUCCAAAUAUGUCAACAGAUACACAAAAAAUAAACACAACAAAGUCCAAUGAAGAUAACAAUGACUCUGAUAAUAAUCUAUUAUGGAUCAUACCGUUAACAAUUGGAUGUAUUAUCCUGCUUGUGCUGAUAACUGUUUCAACUAUGUAUAUCCUUAGAAAUCGUGGGUGUAUAUUUAGAAGUGGCACUGAUAAUGCAAUUGAACUUAAAUAAUAUACAUUUCUAUCAGUCAAAAUAUGUAUAAUUACAUUAGUUUUGUUUAAAGUGCUUGUACGCAUCCAUUUUAUGUGGUAGAAGUAUAAAAUAUUGCUGUAAAUUGUUAUUUAUUAAGAUAAUUCAUUGCACAAUAAUAUGUUUCAAUGUAAACUGAAGUGAUAUAAGUUUAUAAUGCAGAUAGCCUGCAAUUUUUAUUCCAUUGCUGACAAGGGAUCUCUCCUAGUCAGAAUUGUAAUUCAAACUUGAGAUAUUCUACCUUGUAUUAGCUUUCAAACUGAUCAUUUUUAUUUAAGUGUUAUUUCCUUAAUAAUAUACAUUUGUAUCAGUCAAAAUAUGUAUAAUUACAUUAGUUUUGUUUAAAGUGCUUGUACGCAUCCAUUUUAUGUGGUAGAAGUAUAAAAUAUUGCUGUAAAUUGUUAUUUAUUAAGAUAAUUCAUUGCACAAUAAUAUGUUUCAAUGUAAACUGAAGUGAUAUAAGUUUAUAAUGCAGAUAGCCUGCAAUUUUUAUUCCAUUGCUGACAAGGGAUCUCUCCUAGUCAGAAUUGUAAUUUAAACUUGAGAUAUUCUACCUUGUAUUAGCUUUCAAACUGAUCAUUUUUAUUUAAGUGUUAUUUCCUUUUCCAUAUUUCUUUAUUUACCUACGACAGCAUGGUUCAGUGGUGCGUAGCAAUGGUAAAAACUCUUGCUCAUCUUAAGGUCGUCUUUCCAAUAUUUUGUGUUGAUGAUUGAAUAAUGUGUAAGCCUGUUCUAUGAGCGCGGGGCGUAAAAACACUGGUACCCAUGACAAAUCAAAUGUUGAGGAUUGAAUAAUUUAUAAAAUAGAGAAAAACAGAAUCCCAAAUGAAAGUCCAACACGACAAAAUUGAAAAUGGUGCAGGCUCGGUUUGAUUGAGCCUGUUCAUGGACGGUACUGGAAAGUGCAAGUUAUCGUCCACGCCCGCUAGCACCGGCUUAAGCAGAAUUCAACAUUUAACACGAAAAUGGUGAAAUUUUGAAUUUAGAAACACCCGCAGAUGUGUUCAUCCGUUCAGAUGUAAGCCGGUUCUAUGGGCGCGGGGCGUAAAAACACAGGUUCCCAUGAGAAAUCAAAUGUUGAGGACUUAAUAAUGCGUAAGCCGGUUCUGCGGGCUCGGGAAGUAAAAACACUGGUUCCCAUGACAAAUCAAAUGUUGAGGAUUGAAUAAUGCGUAAGCCAGUUCUGUCGACGCGGGGCGUAAAACACUGGUUCCCAUGACAAAUCAAAUGUUGAAGAUCGAAUAAUGUGUUAGCCGGUUCUAUGAGUGCGGGGCGUAAAAACACUGGUUCCCAUGACAAAUCAAAUGUUGAGGAUUGAAUAAUGUGUUAGCCGGUUUUGUGGGCGCGGGGCGUAAAAACACUGGUUCCAAUGACAAAUCAAAUGUUGUGGAUUGAAUAAUGUGUGCGACCAUAGAACCGGCUUAUUACUUAUACUUAUUAACUUGAAUAUAAUUUCAUAUAAAGAUCUGAAACAAAGUGAUCCCUCGGAAGCGUUAAUCACAACAAAAUUACAAGAGAAUUGCAGACUCGGUUUGAUUGAGUCUGUACAUCAUGUACAUGAGGGAUAAUGAAAAUGUGCAACAUCCCUCACGCCCCCUAGCACCGGCUUGAGCGGUACUCAAUUCUCAACACUUUAUAGUGCUGGCAUCAAUGAUCCCGAAGGACCAGAAAAAUAUAACAACACUGAAGUGAAGUACGGGGCAACUUUUUUACAGCUGCCACCCAGCACUUGACACCUGCUGUUGUGAAGUAACAAAAAGAUGCUGACAUAACUGAACAGAACAUGAAUUUUCAUCUUUUUCAUCAUAUUGUCCUGUUUCAACCCUCAGGCAAUGUGUGGAUAUCCUUAAUCUGGUAAUGAAAGAUUUUACAUGUGAAAUCGCAUAGUUACCUCCCGUAAAUAAUGUAAAAUUAAGACCGUAUCUAAAUGCAAGUUAAAUUGUCUUGGGUGUCUUGGGGUAGUCUUGGGAUGUCUUUGCCAAGUCUUGGGGUAGUCAUGGGAUGUCUUAGGGUAGUCUUUGGGUAUCUUGGGUAAAUAGACCGACCGCGUGAACACUGAGCACUUGUUCUGUGUUGUGUUGUAUAUGUUUCUAUGUGAGACUGGUUCUGGUGCAUAUUCUGUUCCGCUUUCUCUAUACUUUCAUCUCUUACGAGCCAUACGUUUAGUUUACUAAUUAUUAUUCUAAUUUAAAUCUACUACAUUGAUUUGCAAGUUUACUUUAUUUCAAUUUAUAUUGAAAUUUUUUCGUACAGACGCUGUGGUAAAAUGGCCAUAUUAAGAUUAAGUAAUUUAUUGCAUUAUAUUAUUUCUGCGUCGAUUGUGUACAUAUUAUUGUUUAUUUGUAUUUUAUUUUUGAAUUGUAAUUAUAUGAUACAUAAUUAUUUUAUCUUUCUAGACUAUUUUUAUUUGGCUUUAAUUAAAAUAUCAUCGAACCUA